GUUAAUAAAUAAACGUAUUAAUAACAAUAAAUACAAAAUGCAGCCGCUUACUUUGGGACUGCUGAUUGCAGCCUUCUUAUCAAUAUGCGUAGCUGUGCCACCGCCCGAUGAUGGCAAAUUGCGCGUUUGUGUGGUGGAGUCGCGUGGCAUUUAUCGGAAAACCCCCAAAUUCUGUCCGCUGCUGGAGGCGAAGAGCAACAUCGAGUGCGUCAUCGGUGUGGAUCGGUUGGACUGUGUGCGGCGCAUACACAAGGGCACAGCGCACUUUGGUGUGCUCACAUCGGAGGAUCUGGUGGCGGCACGCUGGGCCAGCGUGGAGAUACUGGUGGCCAGCGAGCUGCGCUCCCACGAGUCCAACUUUGAGUACGAGAUUGUGGCGGUGGUGGACAAUCAGGCGAACAUUCAUACGGUGCACGAUCUGCGCGGCGCCAAGUUGUGCCAUCCCGGCUACGGUUUGGGCAGCCACUGGACGGAGGUGUUGGCUAAUUACUUUGAAGCCGCUUUGGUGUCCAAAACGUGUGAUCCGGAGCUGACCGUCACGGAGGAUCGCAUUGCCGCUUCGUCGCGCUACUUUGGGCCCAGCUGCAAGGCGGGUCCCUGGGUGCCUGACCCCAAGCAGGAUCGCAUACUCAAGAGCCGCUAUCCCUCGCUCUGCCAGAUGUGCUACGAUCCCUACAACUGCGACCAGAACGACAAGCACUGGGGGCGACGUGGCGCGCUCUACUGCCUGACCAGCGGCGGCGGCAGCGUCUCCUUGGCGCGUCUGGACGAUGUGCGGAGUCAUUUUGGUUUCACGGGCAUUACGGCACAGGCGGACCCCUCGGAGUACAGCUACCUCUGCCCGGAUGGCCAUCUGCAGCCGCUGAAUGUCUCACAGCCAUGCGUGUGGGUGGCCAAGCCGUGGCCCGUGGUGGCUGCACGGCGCAGCCAUGCGGCGCAGGUGCAGCGACUGGUCACGGGACUCAGCCACGACGAGCCCGACAGCUGGCAGAAUGCGCUGCUGAGUCUGCUGGAGACGUAUCACGUGUUCACGGUGCCGCUGGACAAUGUCAUUCCCAUCGAUGACUAUCUGGAUCAGGCCACGGCCUUCCAGUCGGCCUACAGCUUCCCCGAAUGCAAUCCCCCGCGGUCCAUUGUCUUCUGCACGACGUCCAUCAUUCAGCACAUCAAAUGCUCGUGGCUGCAGGAGGCCUCACAGGUGUACGGCGUUCAGCCCAACAUUCAAUGCGUGCGCACCAGCAACGUGGAGCAGUGCCUGGAUGACACUCGCUUCAAGGCCACCGAUGUCGUCGUCGUCGAUCAGGAGAUGCGCGUGAGGGCACAGCGGGACUACAACCUCGUGCCGCUGCUCUACGAAUUCUCGCUGGACAUGCACGAUCGCUACGUGACCAUUGCGCUGGUCCACAAGGACUCCAAGUAUCAGCAGCUCAAGGAUCUCCGCGGCGCUCGCGCCUGUCUGCCGUCCUACGAGGGCGCUGCCCAUCUGUCCGUGCAGGAAGCCAUUGCCAAUGCCACGGGCAGGGUGCACUCGCUGCACGGCUACUUCCAUCGUGACUCGUGCCUGUGGCAGCCGCACCGUGGCCGGGAGUGUCCCAUGCGCUACCAGGGGGACGAGGGCGCCCUGCGCUGCCUGGCCGAGGGCGGGGACGUGGCCUUCCUCAGCUCGGAUGUGUACAAGCGGUACGUGAGUGGCAACAUGACCGCCGACUGGGUUGCGCGCAGCCACAAGGAUUACCGCGUGCUCUGCCCGUACGGCGGCAUCGAGCGGCAUUCGAAUUUCGAGUUCUGCUACCUCCACUGGACGACGCGUGGCCACCUCAUGACGCACAAUGCCACGCUGCCGCGUCGCAAUGAGAUCUACAACUCGCUGCGCGACAUGGACCAGCUCUUUGGCAGGAAAUACAAGAGCGAAACGCGUCCCUUUACUCUGUAUGGAAUCUUCGACAAGAGGAACAACAUUAUGUUCCGGGACACCACGGAUGGACUGCUGGGCCUGCAGGAGCUGCAUCGGGACAAUGCCAAGCGGGUGAUGGAGCACAUCUACGACAGAUAUGCCACCACGCAGUACUACACCAGCAACGAUGAGAACGGAGCGCAGCGUCCCAACAGCUCCAACUUCGCACUUCUCCUGCUGCUGGCACUUCUCUGGCCGCUGUGGCGUCACUUUUCUUAGUCAUGAGCACAAGUCGAAUCUUUAUUUAUUGUUGUGAUAUUACGCUAAAAAUUGUUUUAAGAAUACC